CAAGUGGGUGCCACGCGGUCGGCGCGCCACGGUUUAAAAGCCGAGAAACCACUCUACUAUCCGUAUCCCAAUCCCCCGAGACCGCUCCAUUUUUGGAAGCCCCGGAGAGCGGAGACGCCCAGCGCCCACGCGGCCUCGAGGUCCCACACGCCCAAAAGAUGGCGCUUUUGACAUCUCCAGAUAUCUGCAACUUCAUGGCCAUCUCACAGAACAACACGCUUCUGCUGAACCAGAGCACAAAACGGCCCCCGCAGCUGAGCUUCCCCAGGAGCACGGCGACACUGCCGGGCUUCAGAGCGAGGCAAGACGUCCGCGUCGCCGCCGUCUACAAGGUGAAGCUCAUCAUGCCCGGGGGGAAGGAGACCGUGAUCAAGGUGCCGAAAAACACCUACAUCCUGGACGCGGCCGAGGAAGCCGGGCUCGACCUGCCCUACUCCUGCCGCGCCGGCGCCUGCUCCGCGUGCGCCGGCAAGAUCCUGAAGGGCUCCGUCGACCAGCCGGACCAGUCGUUCCUCGACGACGAGGAGAUCGACGCCGGGUACUUGCUCACCUGCGUCGCGUUCCCGACCUCCGACUGCGUCAUCAAGACGAACCAGGAGAAGGACCUGAUUGAUCAGUAGCCCGGUGUGGCGGUGUCACUCCCACACUAUGAAUCACCAUACUUCCCUAGUGAUGCAUUACUCGUAUCUGAUACUCUGAUAUAUAUCCGAUACGCCGAUACGGAAUUAAAAAUAAAUAAAUAAAUUCUUGAUAUGCGUCCGAUACUCGCUCAUACGCAUAUCCGGACCCUUUGUGGCUUUUUUUUCUA